CACCGACUGAAGCUGAACCCCGAUGUUACUCCAUAUUUAUCGAUGAUAAAGGCCACCUCUUCAUCGGAUUCGAACCGAGAAAGAAACACGUACUACAAGCAAUAUACCGGAUAGCCCGCCAAAAAUGACCGCAGAGCCCACGAUUCACUCUCUGUUCGAGCCCAAGACCGGCACAUGGCAGUACAUUGUGGCCGAUCCCUCUACCUCCGCCGCCGUGAUCAUUGAUUCUGUGCUCGACUACGAUCCAGAAACCCAGAUUAUCACCACCGCCACUGCAGAUGGAUUAUUAUCCCUAAUCGAGGAGAAGGGCUACACCAUCCAGCGCAUCCUCGAAACACACGCACACGCCGACCACCUCACCGCAGCUUCCUACCUAGCGCAUCGCCUCAGCCAGCGACCCGGCUCACAACGACCCCCAAUCUGUAUCGGCAAGCGCAUCACGCAAGUGCAACAACACUUCGGGCGCAGAUUCGGCAUCCCGGCCACAGAGUACGAAGACGUCUUCGACCAGCUCUUCGACGAUGACGAGACAUUCGCCAUUGGGCAGCUAAAAGCCACUGCCAUGCACCUGCCGGGCCACACACCGGACCACCUUGGCUAUAAGAUUGGAGAUAACAUCUUCUGCGGCGACUCCCUUUUCCACGCCGACCUCGGCACCGCCCGCUGCGACUUCCCCAGCGGCAGCGCGCAGGACCUUUAUAACUCGGCCCAAAAACUCCUCCGCCUGCCCGACCACGUCAAGAUCUGGACCGGCCACGACUACCCCCACACAGACCGGCCGGACCCCGUCCCCUGGCUGAGCGUGCGCGACCACCGGAUGCGCAACAAGCAUGUCAAUGAGACCGUCACAGAGGCUCAGUUCCUGUCAUUAAGGCAGGAGCGUGAUGCCACGCUCCGCGAGCCGAAGCUGCUGAAUCCCUCGUUGCAGCUGAAUAUUCGGGCGGGAAGGCUACCUGCGCCUUCUGGGGAGUCUAAGGAACGGAUGCUGCAUUUGCCGCUGAAGAUUGAUGGGGAAGAGUGGUAGAUGUUUAGGGGAGUUGGGCUUGGGUUUUCAGUCCAGAGGACUUGCCCGAUGGUUGUUUUCUCUUGGGUUACACGUGUAGCUUUUGUCUUGCUCAGCCUGAACUAUGCGAUAAUUUUUGUUGCGUUGGGAUUCGGUGCUUGGAUGUUAUAAUUCGAGUUUGGGUUGAAUUGUCUGGACUAUUCCUUUUG